UUUGCUUCCACGGUGUAAGACUUCACAGUAUACCGAUCAUAGCAAAGUAAAAGGUUUAUGAGAGUAGUGGGGAGAACAAGACAUUUAGCACUUACCGAGUAUCUUAAGAAGAUUGGUCGAAAGCCCUAUCUGACACUGGUGUUUUACGUCUUCCUGAAGAAGUAACUGAGACAGCCAACUUCUGUUAACAUUGCCGAUGACAACUUUGUUGCUGGACUUUUCUAGAGUUGAAUCAGCGUCCUGAAGUUUGAAGAUCCUCGUGACGGAAGGAUACGCACAGAAUCUGUCGACCAGACUAGAGACUGAAAGCGCAAUAGGGGGAAACCACCCCAUCCACGUACAACAGACAUUUUAAAAUAUUUUUGGUUGCUGUUCUAUGUCUACUAAAAUGGAAACAACUUUCUACGACGACUCGAUGAAUGCUGCCUUUUCUCAGCAUGACACUGUCGGCUACGGAUACAACCGCAAAACCUUGAAGCAGAACAUGACUCUCAACCUCACCGACCCCACUGGGAGUCUAAAGCCUCACCUGCGGGCGAAGGCAAACGAAAUCCUCACAUCACCGGACGUGGGGCUUCUCAAGCUGGCCUCUCCCGAACUAGAGAGGCUCAUCAUCCAGUCCAGCAAUGGACUAAUCACCACAACGCCGACCCCCACUCAGUUCCUCUGCCCUAAGAACGUCACAGAUGAACAGGAGGGUUUCGCCGAGGGUUUUGUCAGGGCACUUGCGGAGCUGCAUCAUCAGCACAUGCCGAAUGGAGUCAGUGCCACUUCUGCCCCGCAAACAAGCGUGCCCAGCGAUAUGGCAGCAAUCUCAUCAAUGGCGGGGAGCACGCCGUACAGUUGCCCCAUUCGCGCCGAUCCGCCGGAGUACACAGACCUCAGUACAUUCAAUCAGGGCAUCACUGCCGCGACGGCAGCCACCUACAGUAACGGGAACCCGACCCUGGGCAGCUACGCCGCUGCUCAGCCCCAGCACCAGCACCAUAUGAACACACUAUCCAUUCAGCACCCACGAUUACAAGCACUUAAAGAAGAGCCGCAGACUGUCCCAGAAAUGCCGGGCGAGACCCCUCCUCUGUCCCCUAUCGAUAUGGAGAGCCAGGAGCGGAUCAAAGCCGAGAGGAAGCGCAUGAGGAACAGGGUGGCCGCCUCCAAGUGCCGCAAGAGGAAACUGGAGAGGAUUUCCAGACUGGAAGAUAAAGUGAAAACUCUGAAGUCGCAGAACUCCGAACUGGCAUCUACCGCGAAUAUGCUGCGGGAGCAGGUCGCCCAGCUCAAGCAGAAGGUCAUGAAUCACGUCAAUAGCGGCUGCCAGCUCAUGCUGACACAACAGCUGCAGACUUUCUGAAAAGCGAGGCAAAUGCAGAUUAUUAGCCGGGAAAAAGACUAAAAGUAAACUGAAAGUGGGCUGCCAGAAAUGCAGUACAUGAGUGGCGUGAGCGACCACCUAAAGGCCUGUCUGCCCCUCCCGUGUUCACGGGAGUUUCCGUCUUGCCUGAAGGGGGCGGAGGACAUUUAAGGCUAGGGUGCGCCGGUGUCAAAAGGAACGAAAAAAAAACUUUAGGUCUUGUUUCGCGUUUUUACGAUAAGACUUUUGAACAUAAGUUUUGCAUGGACCUUAUUAACUUUGAUCUUUCAGUAUUACACGAAAUACGUGCACCGUUGUUGCACCAUGAAAUGGUCUAUGAGGACAGAAUAUACUGGUGGGAGGAACUUGCUCGAUAUCCUCAUUUUUUUUUGUAAAAAUGUAUAUACACUCUAGUUGUAUUGCAUUUGUUGUAUACAUUACAAAGCUAUGCCUUUUUCUAAUUUUUCAAUGAGGUUUAACUCAUUUGUAAAUAAGGACCCUGGAGUACUUAUGUCUACCGUUUGUAAUAAAAUAUUUUUUAUGUUUGUUUUCUGAGCACUUCAGAAGUUAAUUAUAUUUAAAUUGCAAAUAAAACGUCAACAAGCAAAAUCGCACAA